GUCAGCAGUGCCACAUCAGCAACAGUGCCAUGUCAGUAGUGCCACGUCAGCAACAAUGCCACAUCAGCAACAGUGCCACGUCAGCAGUGUCACGUCAGCAGUGCCACGUCAGCAGUGCCCCAUCAGCAGUGCCCCGUCAGCAGUGCCCCGCCACCAUGACGGUCUCAGUUCUGGGCAUGCCAGGCCAACUGGCCAAUGAGUCCAUCGUCGAGUACCGACAGCGUUUCGAAGCUCAGCUCGCACUGAUCGAGGCUGAGGAACAGCGUCAGGCGGCAGCGGCUGAAAAGCAGCGGCUUCAGGCCGAAGCAGACGCAGAUACCCAGGCACGCCGCAAGGAAGCCCAGGAUCUGCUACAACGGCACGAAGCCGCCAGCCUCGAAAAUGCGACACGGCAUUUUGAACCAUCUGAGCACCACGAAGAUGCGACAGCGGAAGAGCAGCACAAGGAGUUUCUUGCCAAACUCGUGACCCGGUUGGUUUACACUUGUAACCACCUGCAGUCCGAGCUGGCGAAUCUCCGACGGGCGAUGCAGAACCACAAGGAUCUGCACGAGGAUGCUACACGGGUACUUGAUUCCCGUGUACAGGACUUGGAGCAAGUUGCAACAAGACCAGAUGCUGGCGAGUCCAGCAGUAUACCCUCUACCCGCCAAUUGGAGGAACGAGUUGACCACGUCGUCGCAAUGCUCGGCGACAUCAGCACCUUUGCUGCACCAGCCACCAUCAGCAAGCAGCUGGACACCUUGAAGACCGAGGUUCAGCAACUGCACCAGCUGCCCAACAAGGAUGGCAACACCAGUGCGCAACACUACAAGAUGCCGACAUUCCGCAUUGAAAAGUUCGAUGAUUAUACGCAUCAAGACCUGGUCCCCUGGUGGGAGGGCUUUACGACGGAACUUCGGAUUUAGUUUGUCCCCGAGCACUCAUACAUCGGCGCGUUGUUCCUCAACUCAAAGGGCGGAUGCCAGAUCUGACUUAGCCACCUGGCA